GAAACCUCGUUCUUUGCCAGAUGUUUAGUUGGUGCUCUGUUGCUUACUUUAUCUUGUGUGGCUCAAGAGAUUCUCCAUGCUCCCGAGAGUACAACUGUCUUUCUAAACCAAUCAGCAGUUUUUACAUGUGAGACAAGAGGUGGUAUAACUUCGUGGAGUGUCAAUGGAACACAACGAGAAAUCCUUUUACCUGACAUACGUAGUGACCUGGUUGUUUCAGAAAGUACCACUCCUGAAGGUACUGCAGUGCACACUCUGACCAUUUCAGCCAGAGCCCAGUACAAUGGAACUAGAGUUCAGUGUCUGUCAGGGAUAUUUGGUGGCCCCUUAGUGGAGAGUGACAAUGCCACAUUGACCAUUCAAGGUCCACUGUCAGCAGUAGCUGGUCUGAGAGUCACCAGCAAUGCCAGCUCAGUGACCAUCUCGUGGAGUGCUCCAUUCUCUCUGGAUGUGACUGGUGUUGAUCCUGAUAUCUGGUACUCUGUCCUCAUCUACAAUGUGUCAGAUGAGAACAACCCAACAGCCAUCCUCUGUACUGACUGUAUAAAUAUCACUGAGACACACUACACCUUCACUCCUGACUACCUCAGUCCUUGUCAUGUGUACAACUUCUCUGCCAUCCCUCUGAAUGGAGCUGGCCAGGGAGAGAGCAGUGCCAAUGUCACAAGUGGAAAGUCCUUUCUAACCAGGACGGAUAUACAAGCUGCUUGUGAUGUUGCUGUUAAAUUUCAUGCUUGUGUAAGCAUUUUUUUUCUUCAAGGGGUAUCUAAAGUGGAUAUAAAGGAUCAACUGAGAAGUCAAGAAAUUGUCAUGUACACGCUAUCUGCAAACAAGCUUUAUUCUAUUUUCUUUGAAGUGAACACUACUGCUGGGAUCAUGAAUGUAUCUCAUGACACCUUCACAACCUAUGAUGUCCAGAGUCUGUCAGUGGAAGAGGAAGGAGGAGGAGGAGUGUUAGUGAGAGGGGAGUUCACGAGUGGGUCACGAGCUACAGGAUGUCUGGUAGUCCUCCAGGGACCUCCCACCUCUCCUGACAUCUUCAGAGCUCUCAUGAGGACCGAGUCUCAGGACACUGUCUCCACCAAUGUACCUGUCCCUCCCUCCACUUACACUGUGUAUGGAUAUGACCUCGAGGAGAAUGGACUACCCAACACCAUGCCUGCUGUGGUGCUAGAGAGUCAGCUAACUACCAGCAAAGGUGCUACAUUGGUUAAAAGAUCUCAACUAUUGAAGGAUGCCACUAUAACAUUUCAAUUUGGAUCAACUGUAGCUAUAGACUGUGAAUUCUCAGAGGUCUAUCCUGAGGCCUCAUGUGUCCUGGUCUACAGAGAGUAUGGCAAUCCUCUCCUGUCAGUGGUGGAGUUGUCUCAACUCUUUGAUUUCCCUGUCUCUAUUACUGUGGACAACCCUGAGAAUUAUACCUUUGCACUGUUUGGGAAGAAUGGUGCAACCAGUUUGGAUGAAGAGCCACUGGUGUAUACUAAAUUCAGUGACUCUGCUACAGAUAAAACGGACAGAGGGAAAGAAGAAGGAAAUCACAAUUCCCAAGGACCUGUUGUUGCCAUAUCCAUUGGCACAGUAGUGGUGUGUCUUCUAGUAUGUGGCUCAGCAGUGUUGGUCCCGGUGAUGGUCAGAUGGUAUUAUAACCGCAGCAAGUCCACACAUGCAUCUGAUGCGGGUAAAUAGGAUUAUCAUCAAGCAAGGAUCUAGAUUUAUUGACAUACCAAAUAUUUUCCAGCACACUUCUAGACAGUUGUGUUUAUGUAUUAUUGUGUCUUCUCUUGCAGCAGGUCUCCAGACCAGAAAUGUGGUGUAUGAUGAGGUAGUUCUUCCUCCAACCACCACCCCAUCCUCUGUCAUUCCAACUGAACCCAACACAGCCUAUGUCACCACUACAAUACCAACUGACCAGAAUGUGGCUUAUGCUGUGCAUUCAUCUUCAUAAUGUGUGUUAUUUCCAUGUGUGUUUUGGUAUCCCUAGCAUCAUUAGAUUUAUAUAUGUAUUGAGAAGGGAAUUUAUAUAUAGCCCUGAGUAAGCAGUUACACAAGUAAUAGUUAAUGUAUAUACUGAAGUCAGUGCUGUG